CAUAUGGAUUUUAUGCCGACUGGCUAUCUGCCGGACAACGUGUACAGAGAACUGGGCUGGUACGGAAUCCUGCAGAUUCAACCCUUGCACCAUAGUACAAAACAUAAAAUAGCCGCCCAACUGAUCUGGCAGCAUACCCUUGGGAGACCUCACGUUAUUCUGGAAAGUCCACCUCAGUCUUCGCAAUCGCCAGGGAAGGUAAGUCGUCAGAUCUUAGCAGAAGACGCGUCUAAGUGGUCGCGAGAACAGCGGGCAGCUCAAGAAGUACUUAUGGAAAAUAUCAAAGGUGGUGGCAACGGCCUUACCGUGAGGACCGUAAUCAGCGCCACAAAGAAGACCGUUAAUAUUAUUCAAAAUGGCAACUAUUACACCUGUCCUGAAGGUUCUGAGCCAGAUUUGGAUGCGUACAGAAUACAAGCCAAUAUGCACGAACGUAAAUGUACUUACGGUAGGAAUUCCUUCCCAGUUGCCAUUGACCCUUGCAUAGAAGGAGAAACAGCUCCUAUUGAGUACUCGUUCAAUGAAGGCUGGAUGUUCUGCCUGGGUAAUGGGGACAGGGAGAAUAACUACUUCCAGAAUGGAACCUUGGAUUGCGGUCACAAAGUUAAGAUUUCAAUGAAAAAAUUCUUGGACGAGUGUGCAAUCGACAACAAUAUAGUUAUUUCUUUCGAUUACUUCGGUGACGAGCCACGGAAGGAUAUGUUGCAUAACGCUACUCUAUGCACGUCUUGGGAUCCAUGCCGGAUUUCUUACCUGUAUAGGCUAGAGCCCCCACCACAAGGGAUGGCACCUUCGUUCCCCACUACUACUCAAAAUCCAUGUGAGACUACAAUUUGUCCAGAGUGUUACGAGGGAGCAACCGACGACCAAGGAGAAAAGAUGGAAAUCAUGUAAUAGAAAAGCAGCAGCACAGCAUGGUGUAUGUGUUGCACUACAUGUUGGUGAAAGAACG